UGGAUAAAGAAUUUAAGGAAGAUGCGCUUGCAAUAAAGAAUUUCAUCAUGAACCAUAACAUGAGGUUCUCAGUUCUCAUUAAGUUUACUCCUCUUAGACUGCUUUCAGUUUCCGACACUCGCUUUUCCUCCAUCAUUGUGAUGCUCAAGAGAUUGAAACUUAUCAAAAGGGGUCUUCAAACAAUGGUCAUAAGUGAAGAAUGGUCUUCGUAUAGAUUAGCUGACAUUAAGAAAGCAAACUCUGUGAAAGAAUAUAUUUUGAAUGAUCGUUGGUGGGACAAAGUAGCAUAUAUUCUUAGUUUCACUGGACCUAUAUAUGAUAAGAUUAGAGUUUUUGACACUGAAACGCCAUGUUUACAAUUAGUGUAUGCGAUGUAUGAUUCUAUGAUUGAAAACGUAAAGAUUGAGAUCUACAAGAAAGAAAAACGUUCGACAUCUCAAAUAAGUUGUUUUUAUGAUAUUGUGAAUUGUAUUUUAGUAGAUCAAUGGGCCAAGAAUAACACUCCCCUACAUUGUUUAGCUCACUCUUUACAUCCAAGAUAUUGUAGUGAUGCCUGGUUACUUGAGGAUUCUACAAGAUGGUUCUCUACAUAGGGAUGGAGAAAUUUUACAAGAAAGGAUGAAAUGUUUUCAAAGUUUGUUUCCUAAUGAUGAUGAGUAUAGCAAAUUCUCGAUGAGUAUGCAAUGUUUUCAAUUAAGAUUAGUCCUUUUGAGGAUUUAACAAGCAUUUCAAAGAUGGCUACUAUGGAACCUAAGAAUUGGUGGGUUAACUUUAGUGCUCAAACUCCUUUUCCCCAGACUUGGGCUUUUAGAAUACUUGGACAACCUAGUUCUUCUUUUUGU